AUGUUGCAUCGGAGCCCCACCCAGGACCUUGCGUCAGCCUACUUCUCGCGCUGGCUCCUUUUGGCGGGUGCCAUCUCCUUACGCUUUAUGUCGCUGGAGCUCUUUCGGGACUCGGCCUCGGGCCAUUUGCUGUGGGGAGGACCGACGGUUUCACUACGCUUCCUUUUGAGCCGACAUCUUCCAGUGCUUGUAGACUUCGCCGCCGGACCGCCGGACAAGAUCCGGAUCGCCGAAGGAUCGUUGGUUUUGGCACUGUUCGCGGCGACUCCAAGCAUCAUGUGGGCAACGAUGUUUGCUGCCCUCAAGCGUGUGGGAAAGGCUUUGGCGACUGUGUGCAGUGCAGUCUAUGCUGCGGUCACCUAU